GGGUCAUCCAGAGGGUCCUCUCUCUCACACACCCCUCUUUGCGCUGCCACACCAUGGCACCAGCUUCGACGCUUGUUUCUCUCGCAGGUGCAAUAGUAGUUGCGUUUCUAACAAGUGCCUCCGCAUUUGUUUCGACUUGCAGCUCGACGUCAGCACUUCAGCUGUUAUCAUGUCAUCGGCGGCGAGGGUAUCCUGCUGCUGCUGUAUCGCCAGGGAUGGCGAUGAAAAGUCCUGUCCGGAUGGCCUCCGAUAGUGUGGCAGAAGUGAAGUCUAAGGUGCUGCAGCUCGCGGCGUCCAUGGACAGAGGUGGCAUGGCAAACCCAGGCAAUCGAGGCGUAUCGCACGCCUACUUGGGGACCAAGGACGACAUGCGGCUCCUGGUGGAAUCGCUCGCGCAGCUAGACCCAGUCAACAAGCCGCUCACCGCUACGGAGCUCAGCGGCCGCUGGGAGUUGGUUUACACCACGGUCGAGCUUUUCCGCGCAUCCCCUUUCUUCCAAAUGGUGGAGGCCGGCUACGACGAUCCCGAAAAGUCCAACUUGUUCUUCAAGCUCCACCAGCUUCAGACCGGAUCUUGGGGUGCUAGCAAAAUCGGCCGAGUCACACAGACCUUGGACCUCAUCGAUUCGGUCCCGCCGAGCAUAGAAGGGAGGGAUGCGACCGCCACACCGGCAGCCGAAGCAGAAGCAGCGGCAGCAGGUGCGGUCGAGGGGAGCGACAAAGCGGGAGUAGUCGAGGACAACACCGACAUGUCUGGCGGGAGCGGCUCCUUGGAGUCGGAGGUGGAUUUGAUAAUUCUGCCGCUGACAUCCGUGCCGCUGGUGGGUUUCUGGAAGCUCCUGCCGACGUUCGGGGGAUGCAUCGCCACUAAGGCCAAGUGUUCUCUUGCGGGGGACAACAAUGAAGUGGUUCAGCUGAUUGUGGAGUCGACAAAGCUCAAGGCAGUUGAGGACGUACCGCUGCUUCCCAUCGCGGGCCCCCUCUUUGAGGGCAUGGAAUUUCCGACGGGGGAGGUGACCAAGAAGGUUAUGGGGAACGUGCCGGUUACCAAGCAAACAGUAGUGUACAUCGACGACACCUUGAGAGUGAUGGAAGACAAGGCCGGCGAGCUUUACAUUUAUGCCAGGCCACUCAAGAGCUUCUAGGAACGGGAUUGAUGAAUGAGUUCCGUCGCUGACCGAACAUGGUGUAAGUGUAGAGGGGUUGGUGCGGUGCCUGUGCCUUGCAAGUUGUGGGUCUCGUAGACCGUCUCCAGACGGAUUCAUAACAAGUGCACCAGCAACUGGUCGAUUUUUCCCGAGGUCGGCUAGGUGCAGUACUUGCUUUGGGCGCAACUGGAGCUGGGAAUUUGUCCAAUGGCGUCCACGUGUGUGUCGCCAUAUAGGCAGGCAGUCAUCGCACCUCGAUGUAUAGAGUACAUAGCGUACUGUGGGGUGUUGAAUCUCUCUGCCGUUCCUUGGUUAGCUUGUAAAAUGAAAAUUGUUGUUUGUGGCCGAGAUAGCGGCUAAGCUAGAAACAAUCCUCGUUCCGAAAUUAUGUAAGUCCCCAAGUUUCCAAGUUUUCAGGAUUUGAUUAUUGUUUGUCGGUGGUUGUGCCAAUCCUAAAACGAAAUCGCGUCCAGCGAAGGUUUUCGCGUGUGAAAUUUCCAGCAGAUGAUUCGGCGCCAGGGUUCAACAACGGUUGCGCACCCCGAACUUUUCGUUCCUGCUACAGCGCUUGAGG